CGCGGCGCGAGCAGGCGGCGGCGGCGGCGGCGGCGGUGGCGGCGGCGGCGGCGGCUGGGGAGCAGACAUGGCGGCGGAUCUGAACCUGGAGUGGAUCUGCUCGCUGCCCCGCUCCUGGACCUACGGCAUCACCCGGGGCGGCCGCGUCUUCUUCAUCAACGAGGAGGCCAAGAGCACCACCUGGCUGCACCCGGUCACCGGCGAGGCCGUGGUCACCGGGCACCGGCGCCAGAGCACAGAUUUGCCUACUGGCUGGGAAGAAGCGUAUACUUUUGAAGGUGCAAGAUACUAUAUAAACCACAAUGAAAGGAAAGUGACGUGCAAGCACCCCGUGACGGGACAGCCAUCCCAGGACAACUGCAUUUUCGUGGUGAAUGAACAGGCUGUCGCCAACAUGACGUCUGAAGAGAAGAAGGAGCGCGCAAUAAGCAUGAUGAAUGAAGCGUCCAGCUACAACCUGGCCUCGGACUAUGGGGCGCACCCCAUGAGCCCAGUGGGCAGGACUUCACGGGCGUCUAAAAAAGUUCAUAACUUUGGAAAGCGAUCCAAUUCAAUUAAAAGGAACCCCAACGCUCCGGUGGUGAGGCGCGGCUGGCUGUACAAGCAGGACAGCAGCGGCAUGAGGCUGUGGAAGAAACGCUGGUUCGUGCUCUCUGACCUCUGCCUCUUCUAUUACAGAGAUGAAAAAGAAGAAGGUAUCUUGGGAAGUAUCCUGCUACCCAGUUUUCAGAUUGCGAUGCUUUCCUCAGAGGACCACAUUAAUCGCAAAUACGCUUUUAAGGCAGCCCACCCCAACAUGCGGACCUAUUAUUUCUGCACCGACACAGGCAAGGAAAUGGAGCUGUGGAUGAAAGCCAUGCUGGACGCCGCCCUGGUCCAGACGGAGCCCGUGAAAAGAAUUACCUUUAACUUCCGAGUGGACAAGGUCACGUCGGAAAAUGCGUCGACGAAAGAAAUCAAUAACAUCCCCAACCACAGAGUACUCAUCAAGCCAGAGGUUCAGAACAACCAGAAGAACAAGGAAAUGAGCAGAAAUGAAGAAAAAAAGGCGCUUGAGGCUGAAAAAUAUGGAUUUCAGAAGGACGGUCAGGAGAGGCCCUUGACGAAAAUCAACAGCGUCAAGUUGAACUCGCUGGCAUCGGAGUACGACGGCGGGGCCGUGUGCCCAGCCCAGGCUGGACACUACCGGCCCGUCAACGUGAACAGUUUCGAGAGCAAAACGGUCAACGUCAGCUUGGCCGACCUCCGAGGCGGGAACCCGCCAAACCCCGGGCCACUGCACACGGAGGCAGAGCGCGUGCUACAGAGAACGAAUUCCAUGCAGCAGCUGGAACAGUGGAUUAAAAUCCAGAAGGGCCGGGGUCACGAGGAGGAGGCCCGGGGGCUCGUGUCGUACCAGACGCUGCCCCGGAACAUGCCAAGCCACCGCGCGCCGCCGCCGGCCGCCCGCUACCCCGAGGGCUACCGCACGCUGCCCCGCAACAGCAAAGCGCGGCCGGAGAGCAUGUGCGGCGCGGCGGGGCCCUGCGCGCACGAGCCGCCCGAGGACAAGCGGCGCUCGCUGCGCGACGACACCAUGUGGCAGCUGUACGAGUGGCAGCAGCGGCAGUUCUACAGCAAGCAGGGCACGCUGCCCCGCGCCGGAGCCCCGCACGGAGCCCCCGAGCCCGCGUCGCCCCCCUACGGACCCUACUCCCCCACGCGCGCCUUCCGCGCCGACCUCACCUCGCCCCUGCAGCGCGGGGACGUCACCGUGGACCGCAGACACCGGGCCCCGCACCCUAAGCACGUCUACGUGGCCGACCGGAGGUCCAUGCCAGCCGGCCUGCCGCUCCAGCCCGUCAGCCCCCAGAGCCUGCAGAGCAAAACGCCCGAGGAGCUCACGCUGCUGCUCAUCCAGCUGCGACGGCAGCAGGCGGAGCUGAGCACUGUCCGGGAGCACACCCUCGCCCAGCUCAUGCAGCUCAAGCUGGAGGCGCACAGCCCCAAGAAUGAAAUUCUUUCACAUCAUCUCCAAAGGAACACCAUAUAUUUGGACCAUCAGAUGAAAGAGAAUGAACCUAUUAUCACCAUGGUUCACACAAUGAUUGAGAACUCGGCGCUAAGACCACAACUGUACCAGCAAUUCUUAAGACAGAAGAACAAGAUAAGUCUAUAUUGUCUGUCGCAAGAUGAAUGUAGAGGCACACUGUACAAAUACAGACCCGAGGAAAUAGAUAUUGAUGCCAAGCUGAGCCGGUUGUGCGAACAGGAUAAAGUGGUCCGUGCUCUGGAAGAGAAGCUUCAGCAACUCCACAAGGAGAAAUACACGCUUGAGCAAGCCUUGCUCUCAGCCAGCCAGGAGAUAGAAAUGAAUGCAGACAACCCGUCAGCCAUCCAGACCGUGGUCCUGCAGAGGGACGACUUGCAAAACGGACUGCUUAGCACAUGUCGAGAACUUUCUCGGGCCACUGCAGAGCUGGAGCGAGCUUGGCGAGAGUACGAUAAGUUGGAGUACGACGUGACCGUGACCCGGAACCAGAUGCAGGAGCAGCUCGACCGUCUCGGUGAAGUCCAGACCGAGUCGGCGGGGAUUCAGCGCGCUCAGAUCCAGAAGGAGCUCUGGAGAAUCGAAGACGUCGUGGAAGGCCUCAGUAAACACAAGCAGCAGCGAGGGAUCGCGGAAAUAGGUAUGAUAGGACCAAAGCCUUUCUCAACAGUUAAGUACAAAACGGAGGAAGAGGAAGUAGUCCCACCUCGUCCUCCACUUCCUCGGUCCUAUGACUUUACAGAGCAGCCUCCCAUUGUCCCCCCUCUGCCCAGUGAUAGCAGCUCCUUGCUCUGUUAUAGCAGGGGCCCAGUGCAUCUGCCUGAAGACAAGAAGAGUCACCAAGUGCAAGGAUAUCCGAGAAACGGAUCUCACUGUGGUCCAGAUUAUAGACUCUACAAGAGUGAGCCAGAGUUAACAACAGUGGCAGAAGUUGAUGAGUCUAAUGGAGAAGAAAAGUCAGAACCUGUUUCAGAAAUGGAAACCUCCGUCAAAGGUUCUCACUUUCCGGUCGGAGUUGUCCCUCCGAGAACCAAAUCGCCCACACCCGAGUCCUCCACAAUAGCCUCGUACGUGACCUUGCGGAAAACGAAGAAGAUGAUGGAGUCACGAACGGAAAGACCAAGAAGUGCCGUGGAACAGCUCUGUUUGGCCGAAAGCACCCGCCCUCGGAUGACGGUGGAAGAGCAGAUGGAGAGAAUCCGGAGGCACCAGCAGGCCUGCCUCCGGGAGAGGAAGAAGGGGCUAUACGUGCUGGGGGCCAGCGAGCCGUCCCCUGCCCAGAGUCCAGCCACCCUGCGGGAGAAUCCCUUCCGGCUUGCCCAGACGCGGCGGAGAGACGACAGCAUGAGAGAACCGGCGGCCUCCACUGAGGAAAACGGGGGGAAGCCAAACCAAGGGACCCCUGCCCCAGAAGCCGGGCGGCGGAAAGACGUCGAACCCGAAAGCACAGACUUCAUGGAAGAGCUUAAAAAAACGGAAAACGUUCUCUGUGAAACGCUUUGCCAACCUGAGCCAAAUGGAAUCAGUUCUGAGGAAGUGAGGGAUCAAGGGAGGAUGAAGGAGGUGCCGGAGGACGGGCCAUGCAGCCCUCAAGACGAGACCCAGAUCACAAAUCACAAGCCGGACGGUCCCCCGGAGGAAGUCACAAAGACCAGUCCCCCCGAGCCAGAGGACACUCUGUCUCCCUACGAACUCCCCGCUGAGGCUUCCCGAGGGAACCAGAGCGUGGCAGUGAGAAGCCUGUCCCCGCCCCCGGAGCCCUCGGCGACCCCCGCUGCAGCUCCGCAGCCGCAGCUCACCGAAGGGUCCCACUUCAUGUGUGUGUAGCGCCGGCCCCACUCUCCUGCCCUCCGUCAGAACCACGGAGAGCAAAGGCCUUUGGACCUCCUGCUACGUGAGAAGAUAUUGUACAGUAUAUUUUAAAUCUAUGAAAUUCAUAGUUCUGAUGCUUUCAACCACAGAGCAUCGUUUUAUCACUUCUGGAAAAUGUUUAUUCCAAAACAGCUUUAAUGGCCCAUGUGUCCACUCCGUGAUGUCCAGGUCUCACUCACACCAGCUCGCGCUG